ACCUACCUAAUAGUCACGCCCAUAGCCACUAAAACAGCAAUUAAAAAGAUUAAACCCGGUCGCUUUACGAGGCAAGAGGUGUUUAAUUAUAAAACCUACUAAUUAACUUCCAUUUGUGUCGAUUAGGGCAAUGCUGAGAAAUGAAAUGAUGGUGUGUGUGCUAAUCAAGUGGAAAAGUUAUUCUCUCUACUAAUAAUACAUCGAAAGUGUGGAUAUGGAAGAGGAGACAGCUAUAUUAACAAAUGAAGAGGUGUAUUAGUUAAUGUGUGUGCUCUCUCUGAUCGAAAGAAUAUAAAGUUUGCACGAGAGAAACGGUGCUGAUGGAAAUGUUAUCUGGAAAAAAAAGUAAGAUACAAUUCAACCUAAACAACACGUGUCGCAGAAAACUCAUCACACGAUGAGGUAAGGCCUACAGAAAAUGCGCCUACAUGGUCAAUACUGACCGGGUCUACCGAAAAAGCCAAACCCUACCCCUCAACACUUGCGAGUUGAAGCUGGAGACUGGAGUACGAAGAAGAUGGAUGAUUGACUCUUCCUCAACCCACCAUAAAGAACAUCUAUUUGACAUUUCGAAGCCACGUCGAUUUAAUGUUCAGUGAUAGAUGCGUUUCCGUCACUGCAUACGCAAGUAAAAUAAAAAGGCGCAAAUCUUGACGUGGGCAAGCAUGGUUUUCCAAAUGUCCGUGUGAGGGAAGUCCUCCGCGCUCCGCCGAAAAAAUUAUCUCUUGUUGACGUGUUGAAGCAUGAUCUCCCUCGAUACGUACUGUCGUUAUCCUAUACUACGACAUCCUACGUGUGCGUGUGUUCAAGCAUUUAACUAUGCCAAAUCAUACAAUCUGGCCCAAGCUAUAAAAUUGACUUAUCUUCUAUGAAUACUGUCCUCUCCCCACUCACAACAAAAACAAAAGACUAUUGAACAAAACAUAAACAAGCCAACAUAAAAGAGAGGAUUGGAAGUGAUGGCACGAAGAGCCAAAGCUACAUUUUGUUUCUUGGGGAAAGCUAAGCUAAAAGCUUGAAAAAAGCAUACCCAACUUUAUUUUCCAUGGCUGGCUUUUCAUAAAGGAAAAAAGAAAAUUCCCUCUGCAUUUCCAAUUCGAUAUUGUUGUUCUGUUGCGUGGGGGAGAAAGAAAAAAAAGAGAGAACAGAGACAUAGAACAGAGGAAGGAAAAGGGUCGUUUGCUUUCCAAUUUCCAUUGAUUAUUGACCUGCAGCCACGACCUAGCUAGCUAGCUCAACCUCUCUUUUUUUCUCCUUUUGUCUGCAUGUAUCGUCUAGGGCACAUCUUUGUAGGGUAAAAUAACAGAUAACGCAAUAAUUGUGUUUAUUUGGAUGAUAUGUCUCUCGAUGAUUUAGGUGAAAAGAAUUUGGAUCCGAUACUUGGAUAUCCAGUUCUAAGCAGAAUGUAUUACUAUCAUUGUCGCCAUAAAAAGGAUAGCAUAUUUAUCCAACGAUAGAAAACACAUGCUCGAAAAUCUCAAACAAAUAAUGAUAAUAUAAAAAAAAAACUCUAAUACUGUGUUUCAGGCUUUCAACUUACAACCGUACCGUUUGAAUUGAAAGUUCGUAAUAACUUAUCUAGCUCAUCUUGUCAACCCGUCAAACAGACAAAUUUCCAUCAUUCAUCAAUCACACAUAACCAUCCCCAUCUAUUUGAACUCAUAACAAUCAUAACCCUAAUCCAAACUUAACUCAAUCCAUCAAAUCUUUAUCUUUUUUGCCAACCCAUAUAGAACCAAAGAACUCCGUUUUGACGCUACUCAAUUAUAACCCAACACGACCCAACCCAACCACCCAUUGUCAUUUAUCACUCCCCAACAAGGUUGUCAAACCGGUUUAUGCCAGUGUGUCGGUUUAGCAAGUGGAAUGGUUCAACCAGUGGCACAUACCGGUUUGUGCCGGUUCAUGCCGGUCAAUAUUACAAAUAAAAUUAUAAAUACUCAUAUUUAAACAUGACAUUUAACGUCAACACCUAAGCAUUUAUACUUGAAUCCAACAAAUAACAUCAAUAUUUAACUUUUAUACUCAUAAAAUAAAUAAUAAAAUAAUUUUUAUCAAUUAAAUUCUCUAAAAUAAAGUCAUUUUACUCAGAGAUUCGUAUAUCGAUCGUGCCGGUCAUACCGAUAGUGUCACGCCGGUAUUAUGACCGAUACCGGUUGAACUCGGUACAACCGGUGACACGCUGGCUGGCGUGACAACCAUGCUCGCCAAUCAAUUUGCCACCUCUAAAAAAAAAAAAAAAAUCAAAACCCAAUUCGGUUCCUUUUCAUUUCCCUCAUAUCACCAUACGCCAAUUAUAACAUAACACCAUUACUCAACUCCAUAUAAAUACACAUUACAAAACCCAAACACUUGGGUUACCCUUUUACACUGUUACACCCACCUCUCCUCUCCUCUCCUCCUUUCUUACAACCCUCGAAAACCAUAAUAACUACACCAAAAAAUGGCCGACGAUGAAGAAAGCUCCCCGCCGGCGGAUUUCCACUCCCACCCCCGACCUCCUCCAUCUCUCUCUCAGAUUUUGCAGGAGUUGAAAGAGCUAUGGAGCAUGGCCUUCCCCGUAACGGCGUCCCACCUAACGGCGUUCUUCCGUUCCGCCGUCUCCGUCGUCUUUCUGGGCCGGCUCGGGAGCCUGGAGCUAGCCGGCGGCGCGCUGUCCAUCGGCUUCACGAACAUAACUGGGUACUCCGUCAUGGUCGGCUUGGCUUCCGGCUUGGAGCCGGUGUGCAGCCAGGCGUACGGGAGCAAGAACUGGGACCUCCUCCACGUGUCCCUCCAGCGGAUGGUUCUGAUCCUCUGCGCCGCGGCCGCACCCGUAACCUUCCUGUGGCUCAACCUCAGGCCCAUCAUGGUGUUCUUGGGCCAGGACCCGGACAUCGCCUCCACCGCCGCCACGUACUGCCUCUACGCGCUCCCGGACCUCUGGACCAACGCGCUCCUCCAGCCCCUGCGCGUGUACCUACGCUCACAGAACGUGACCAAGCCCGUCAUGUUCUGCUCGAUCGCGGCGGUGGCGCUGCACGCGCCGCUGAAUUACCUGACCGUCGUGGUGUUGGGGCUCGGGGUGCGGGGUGUGGCGAUGGCGGCGGUGGUGACGAAUGUCAACACCGUGGGGUUGAUGAUUGGGUACAUGUGGUGGGCCCGCCGCCGCCGCGGCGCCGGCGGAAGGGGGCAGUGGAAGGUGGUGGGGUGGAGCGGCGGAGACGGCGGCGGCGGCGGGAUGGGGGCGUUGUUGAGGCUGGCGGUGCCGAGUUGCGUGGGGAUAUGUUUGGAGUGGUGGUGGUAUGAGGUGGUGACGGUGAUGGCCGGAUACUUGCCGAAUCCGACGUUGGCGGUGGCGGCCACCGGGAUACUUAUUCAGACCACCAGCAUGAUGUAUACUCUUCCCAUGGCCCUUGCUGGCUGUGUCUCUGCCCGGGUGGGGAACGAGCUCGGAGCUGGCAAUCCGGACAAGGCCAAGCUGGCAGCAACGGUGGCGCUAGGCUGCGCCUUCGUCAUCGGAGUCAUCAACGUCCUGUGGACGGUGAUCCUGCGGGAGAGAUGGGCCGGCCUGUUCACCAAAGACGAUCUCGUCAAAGGCUUCGUCUCCUCCGUGCUGCCGAUAAUCGGACUCUGCGAGCUCGGCAACUGCCCUCAGACGACCGGCUGCGGCGUCCUCCGCGGCACGGCGAGGCCCGCCAUAGCGGCCCGCAUCAAUUUGGGCUCGUUCUACUGCAUCGGCACCCCGGUUGCAGUCGGGCUCGCGUUCGGGCUGAAGGUCGGCUUCCCCGGGCUGUGGUUAGGGCUCUUGUCGGCCCAAGUAGCGUGCGUCGUGUCGAUCUUGUACGUGAUUUGGGCCUGUACCGAUUGGGAUCACGAGGCCUUGAAGGCCCGGAACCUGACCCAGAUCGAGAUGGCUGGUGGUGGUUGUGAUCACGAUGAUGAUGGUGGAGAGAAGGAAGAGAACGAAGAAGGUCGUGGGCUUUUGAUGGGCAAUGGCCCGUGAUCGAUUUGGGCUUUGGGUCUUGUAUUGAUUCUUCAGUUUUGGGUUUUUGUUGGGCCCCGAAAAGGAAUGAGAAAGACAAUGUGGACAGUAGGGAAUUAGGAAGAAAAAGGAAACGAGGAAUUGAAAGAUGCUUUGGCGAUUAUUAAUUCCGACUGUUUAGUUCAUGUCCACUCCUUUCUCACUCGCUCAAAUUUUCUUUUGCUUUACGAGCCAAUGCCUAUCCAGUAUCCACAAAGCAUUCAAAAUCGGGAUUUUUAUCGUAAAAUCGUAGGAUUUUAGGAUUUUACUUAGGGAUUCCGAUCCUGAUUUUACUAUAAAAUUUGUGGACCUUAAAAUCGAUUAAAGUCGGGAUUAAAAU